AUGUUGGAGUGGCCAUUUUGCGUAGGCCUCAUUAUUAAGCCAGCGAGCUUGGCUGCAAAAAUAAGGGGCUCAGCAGUAAAAAAUGAGUUAAUUGUGGCGGCCUUAGCUGAGUUGAAGCCCCUAUUUCUCUCCCAGAAGGAAGCCAAUAGGAGACUUCUAGAAAACUUACCGGAGGAUGAGAGCGAGUCAGAUGUUGAAGAAAGUCCCGUUGUCAGCGAAAUGCAUACUUCUGAGGGCAAGUCUGGAGAAACCGGCCGUCUGGACAAGUUGGAGAAAUCAAAUGAAAACCUUCUGAAUAUGAUUUCUGCCUUAGUGACAUCUGUUAAGUCAUUAAAAACUGAGUCACAGUCGCGGGUUGCUUCUGAGGAAAUGGACGAUGCAAUGGAAGAUGAAGUUUCCGAGUCUGAAGAGCUAAAAAAACUAUCUGAAUUGGAAGACAUUUCCAAAACACAGUUAAGCUGCAUUUGGACAGAUUCCAAGGAAACCGUUAAGGAGAAAUAUAAGGCAACCUGUGUUACAGGAAUGCCCUGUAUUAAACCUAAACUAGGGAUGAAUGUAGCUGUUAACAUGAAUGAUGAUUUGAGGAAAACAAUAUUAAAGUCCUUUAUGAAGAAACUCUCCAAUUCAGCAAUUGUAAAGCAUUCCAAAGGACAUCAUAGCGAUAACAGUGCAAACUCUGGUGCAAAUGUAGUUGCACUAGACAAAAAUAUUGCCAUGACAUCAGAAUUUGUGAAGAUUCUAGACAAUGCUGCCCAAUCUGUGAUAAUGAUGCAAAUACAUUCCAUGCCUUCUCUGUUUUCUUUCGCUUGUUGUGAGGGUGUUUUUUGUAACAUCUUGAAUGAGUCAGCAAACGAAGAAGAUUUAUUAUCGGAACCCGAACCCUUUGGUUGUGGCAGCUCUGAAUCUGAAUACUUACCUAGUGGUGACUCCCGCGACAGUUUGAUAGUACCGGACACUCCAGACAAUAGGAUAUUGAGUGAUACUGAAUAUGAUCAAGUUUCACUAAGUCUAUCCGUUGACCAUUCUGUGAACUUGACUCCAAUGGAAACCGACGAGAAAACUGACAACCUUUCCUCCGGUGUAACUAGUUCCAUUAAUGAAACUAAGACAAAAGAACAGUUGCAUCGUAAUUUAGCGAGACAUUUUGAAAGGGCUCAUUCUACUGAAAUGGAAGUUGCCAGAAUAUUGAGUAUGCCGAAAAAUUCGAAAAGACGACGAGAAGCCUUUAAUGCCCUGACGCGAAAUGGUGACUUUUAUCAUAAUUGUGACGUGCUCCUACUACAAAAAGGAGAACUCAUCUUAACUCGCCGAGCAAGCGAACAAGAAAGAAAGUUCCUGAAAUACUCUGAUCACGGCCCUUGUCCCGAAUGUCUAGGAUUUAUGAUUAAAAGGCAUCUAUGGCACCAUCUUAAAUACUCAUGCACCGGCAUGAGAGACAAGAAUAAUUUAACUUCUGAAAAAUUAUCGCGAAUACCAGCUGCUGAGAGUACCUCUUUACUAAAUGGAAUAUAUGGUCACAACCUGACAGAAGAUUUUCGUUCUAAUAUUUUGAACAAAUUGCGAAAUGAUGAGAUUUCUGAAAUAUGUCGCAAAGAUGAUCUUAUUUCACGAUUUGGAGCAUUUCUCUAUGAAAAAUAUAGUAGCACUCAAGCAGAACUAAUUAGGCAAUCUAUGCGACAACUUGGAAGGUUGACAAUAGAGCUGGUAAAAAAAAAAUACCGAUGUGCACAGGCUAGUUGA